UAAUUACGCCCUAUAGUCAGAGUUCACAAUGACAUCCACUGAAUAUUUAUCUAAUUAUAUAAAAAAAUUGGGUCAUCCUAUAAGGGAGAUACGUGAACGCUCGUUGCAGUUAUUGGCCGCUAAACUGCGUUUGGGCUGGGAGAUUGAAGAUGAGUUGUCUGGUACGCGUGAACUCUUGGAUGCUUUGCUGGCAUGGUUCUAUGUUCAAAAACCUACGCUCCAAGGCGAAGCACUACAAUUACUACUUGGUACAGUAAUGACAAAAGCGGGUAAUUACAUAGUCAAGGAGUAUGGAGUCAAGAGUUUUCUAUCUAAAUUAGAUGCCCUUAAGCACAAAAUUGACCAAGAUGCUUGCGACACCUACAGACAACUGAUCGAAAGUAUACAGUUCCUCAAUACAGUGGAAGAGGGGAACAAUCUGGAUGUGCCUCGCUUAACUAUACCUUCUGUCACUAGUUCUGACAGUGAUAGGGAUUCAAACCAGGACUAUUUGACAGGCUUGAGAAAUGAUUACCAAUCAUCCAGAGAUGGCUCCGUAUCCAAUGAAGACCCUGUCAAUGUGUCCAAAGACCAUAAUGGCAUCCGGGUACUUCUUUUUCCAUGGGUAUUACUGACAUCAUCAGAUUCCAAAACUGUGAUACUAGUAGAAGAUGCACUGAAACUGCUAAAAUCUACGCGGCGUUGCUGUCGCUUCAUCUGUGAUGUGUUCUUAAGGGAUUUCCCGCCUGAAAUAUUUCUGAAUCGACCAUCAAUUGUUCAGAACCUGCUGGCAAUGGCAGACACCGGGCAGGGUGGUCGUCCAAAUGAAGCCUUACUAGUUCUGCUGAGUAUCACCCGAGCUCUGAAUAAGAGGAUCUAUGAACUAUCUUCUGUUGAUUUGGUUAAUGAUGCAUACAAGAUCACAGACUCGAAAGAAACAGAGGACGGCAUGAACGCAGAACUGCGGGAGCUAGCUGGCAACAUUUCCCCUGAGCUACAGGAUGAUACUCUGGCUGCUUUGAGACAGUGGCCAGCUCCCUUGUACGCUUUGGAUACUACACAUACCGUGUUUACUAUCAUGGCUAGAAGCGUUGUACUGGUUGAUGCGGAAGAUAAGAGCGAAGUUUUAGAUGUGAAAACGCUGAACACGUGCCUCAGCCUAGUGGAGUCCCUUAUACAGCUCCUACUGGAGUGUGUAUCGGAAAGCUUCUGGACCGCUGACCACGCGUCUAAAACGCACAGGGACAUCGCCCAUAAAAGCUGUAUGGUCAUGAGAUUGCUUGGUGACUUGAUGACGAAGUACAAAAAAUCAUACACAAACUACCCCGAACUGAUCCAUCAUCGAGUAGCGUGGUUCCGUCUAGUACGGUGCGCAGAGAAGUUACUACACUGGGCGCGACGUUCGGCCCUCCCGCCUUCUUCGCUACUAGUCGCUUUGCAGACUGCACAGCUCGACCCAGCUCUGGAGUUGUUCUAUCCGAGUCUGAGCGAGGAUAUUUGCGAAGUUUUACAAAAUACGAAAAUAUCGACGAGCAACGAGUUCAAAACAAAACACCAAGAGUUAACCAGGCUCAUAGAAGCAAUGGACGCUUCAGUAAAAUUUAUGAAAAACAAAAACUCUUGUUGCAACAGUAAGAACGUACUGAAGAUCAUUAAAAAAUCUUUGGCAGCAAUAGAAAUACACUUAAACGAGGGAUAUUUGGACGAAGUAGCUGAUAUACUAUUGAAAAAGGCUAGAUAUAUGGACUUGAGCAAUGAAGAUUGGACUUUAGCUCGAAGUAUAGCACUGAGUCUGAUGGCUCAUAAUGUGAAUUGGGUGGCCAUAAAGUUUUACAGCCAAAUGGCUGAUAUGGUGAAGUCUGUGUUGGUGGAUGAAGAUAUAAAUCAGAUCGACAAUGAGAAGUGCUUAACGUUACUUUGUGAUGUUAGUAUAUUGACAGAAAUAUGUUGUCAUGGAAUGUCGUCCAACAUAAAAGACAUUGAAGCAAGUGCAAUAGACAUUAUGCUGUACUUGCUUCGCGGCCGUAUGGUUUUGAGCGAAAGUUGUUGGUGGCGGCUUUUGGCCAGUCUAUUACCCAUAUUACCACUGCUGCAUGUCUAUGCGGCGCAUGACACGGAAAUAGGGCAAGCAAUAUGCAAAUCUCUAGAACCAGAAAUUUCAGAAUGUAUGGGCGUAUGCGCAUCGGAGAAUACCAUGGGUCUCGUGCGAUUACUGUUCGUUGAGUGCGUGGCAGUACGGAUGGAGGCCGCGCACCAACUCUGCCGGCUGUUAGGCGACCACAGGUAUUUACCUCCGAAAGAGUCCCUACGCACGGAUGUGUUACUAAACGCGUUAAGAAGAAUUAAACCGCAGAGUUUCAAUGUUGAUUACUCUAGCUCUCCUUCAAAAACACACCAGACAGGCCUCUCACAAAUCCUCGACGUAUUGAAGCAAGACAUAGUACUAGAUGAAAACGGCAAAGAAUAUGUGACACGUUCAUCAGUACGGCCGAUUUUAGAACCUUCACUACGUAGAAGUUCUCUGCAGCAAUUGUCAGUGUUAAUGCGACAGCAGGGCGCUCAUGAUGCGUUCUUGCGUUAUGAUGGGAUACAGCUCAUUGUUGCUAUACUAAGAAUGUCUCUGAUGGUGGACGACUACUUGGCCUUUCCAGAGUGUGCCAUAAGUUGCGUAUCAAUACUUAACAGUGUGUGUUUCGCUAGCCGGCAUGUGUUGGCUAAGGUGCACGAUCUACCCUCACUUUUGAUUAGAGUGAUUUUGGUCUUCCCAGCAAACGAUUCAGCAGUGCUGAUGUCAGCUCAAAUACUAGCCCUAAUCGCGUGGUCAGGCUUCGCCCUUCAAGAGUUGGAUGCGAAUCGAUGCCACAUACCGGCGUUACCUCAUAGUGUUGUGGACCGGACUGUACUGCCGUUUAAUGUUAACAGUUAUUGGAGUAGGAGUCCUAAUGCUGAACAUUCUAUUGUAGAAUGGCUACUCUCCGACGAUGACUGGCGGGCUUCCGUUCGCAUCCGUUGGUGGUGCGCUUGGGAAAGCCCCUCCCGCGUCCUAAAGGGCGCCUCUCCACCCCCCGCACCUCUAGCCCUGCGUCCUACAGCGGAUGAUCUGAUGCUUUUACGCUCUGCGUCCCCGGUACAUGAGGCGACUAAAGCACUGUUAGCGCUGGAGAAUGCUACGUCGCAUAAGCAGGUCAAUGAAGCACUGAAUAUUUUGGAAAGUUACACUCAGCUAGCUAAGUGGUCUCCGGAAUGCGCAGACUUCGGCGCCCUACCCUGGCAGAAUAUGCGUCGGUUUUUAUGCGCGCCGCCUGCCUCGCCCCGCGACACUGCACUUCUGACCGCUUUACUGCAAUUCAUUGUUGCUUAUAUGGACAACUUGCCUAAUGAAGCCGGCGCACAUACCUGGGUAAAAUCCUGCUUCCUUGGCAAAGACACGUCUGUAAUCGCCCUACUCAGCCGCGACAGACUCUUCCCCCAACAGACUGCGCAAGACGACAUAGAAAUCACUCAAUUACACAUACACAUUAUCAAAGUGUUGCUACGAUGCGUUGUCUUACUGGAAGCCUAUGAUGACUUUGACAGCAGCAGGCUGGAAAGUCUCGUGAAGAUACUGCUCGCGUGUUUGGAGAAGGUGGAUUUGAGGAAUUUUCAUAUGUUGGGUUAUCUAAACGAGUUGAUGCGCUGCAUACGCCACGCCCUCUACUCUCGCUACUGCAAGCUAUCGGAGAACACACGAGACUCCUGCCUCGCGCUAGUAACUCGCACACUGAGCGGCUGCUGUGCGGGCAGCGGCCGCAAGGGGCAAGCGUGCCGACUUGAUGCCGUGUUGUCUCUGCUAGCUAUGUUGAGACAGGUCUAUGAAGAGGGCAUACCGCCGCAGCGUUGGAGCGAAGCCUGGUCGGGUGACGCGGUGCGCUGCGUCGUGGCGUGCGCGGGGAGCGCGCGAGGCUCGUUACGAGCCGCGGCGUUGCGCGUUAUAGCGCAGUUAGCACGAUAUAGCCAACUCUUGCCGCAGUUACUUCAAGCGAUCCCAUCGGACUCCAUGGCACAAUACGCCGUGAGCAUAAUCUCGAACGAGCGUGAAGCGAACGCCGUGCGCGCUGCGGCCGCUGUUCUGCUGACGGUCGUGGCUUCCCGUCCAUCGCACUAUACUGAUAUAUUGGAGAGUGAAAUCUUAGAACAGCUUCAAGAAUAUAACUUUUUGGAAACUUGCAUAGAAAUAUUUGUCGAGUUUUGCAAUGGAAUAAAAUACCAGAACCAAAUAGAACCUAACGUUCCAAUAUCUCUACUCGAGCGUCGUUCGGAACUCGAAGUACGCGCCGAGAAAUGCGCCGACGUGCGUAUAUCGCCGUCGAUCGGCGGGCAAGUCCGUCGCGCGCCGACCGCGUCGCUAGUGGCGGCACUUGCUGAUGUAUUACGCAACGUGGCGGCGUUCAAGCGGUGCCCGGUGCAGGCGUGGAACGAGCAGGGACUGUAUCGACUGCUGUUUAGAUGCGCUUCCUGGUCUCGUAGUUCCCCGUUGGACAACUGUCGCGUGCGCGCCGCGUCGUGCCGCGCGCUGGUCGCCGCCGCGCCGUACAAAUGCGUGCGCUCGUCCCUGGCCGGUACUAAGGACUGUUUACACAAUCUGAUGACGACACUUACACCGUUGGACGAUGACGAAGUGAUCGUCGACACACUAGCAGCACGAUCUCAAGCGUUGCUACUCCUCGGGUCUUUGCUGCCAGACCGGUCGACUGGCGAUUCAGUCUGGACCCAGCUGCGGAACGAACCGUCAGCACCGUUCUUCAGUCUGCUACUGCAGUGCUUAGAGAGUGAUGUCACAGAUUUCCAAGAUGCGGCCCUAUUCUGUCUCGCCCAACUCGCACAGUCUGCCGCUAACCGCAAGCACCCAGACAAGACGCAAGACGAGUCGUGCAUAGAUCUCUUGGACAGCAUGAAGGCGCUUCGCUUCGACAAUCGGGACCGCUGCGCGGGUGACGCUGAUUGCCAGCCGGAGUAUUUGGUAGAGGAGCUGUGUCGGGCACUGAUGCAGGUCUAUCAGAAUAUGGCUCUGCAGGGGAACGUGCAAGAGUCUGCUCAAGAUGAGCGCUGGUGUCGUCUCUGCUCAUGCUUGGCGUCCUUACUGGCAGUGAGCGCUCGUGGGAGACUGUACAGCGUACAUCGACAGUUCCCGCGUACUUUACUGGCUACUCUACAGACUGUGCGUGACAGAUUGUCUAUGUUAGGGCAGCCUGUUGAAGUGAUCAGGAAUGCUAAUACUAAUCCAACCCUGCGGACAUUAUACUGGCUCCUCACCCUCAUCAGUAGCUUGAUGACGGACUGUUUGCCAGCGAAGGAGAGUUUGGCGGAAGACAACAUAGCUUUGUCUCUAAACAGACUUUGGCCGUGGUGUAUGAUGACCGAAUCACUAAGGGAAGCUGUGGUUCAUUUGUUAUUGACAUUCACCAACAACUGUCCUAAAGCAUGGAGCGCAAUGUGCUUGUGCGUCGCCGGACGCAGUUUGCUACUGGAGUGUUGCGCCCUCGUGAGCCGCGAAGCUGCGGCUGCUUGCCGCUCGCGCUCUGAGCUAGCCUUGUUGGCCUGUGUACGAAUUUUGCGCCACACCGUCAACCACCACCACUGUCGCGCCGUCAUACUGAAGAGCGAGGCGCUGUCAUCUCUCCACAAGAUGAGGUCUCGGGCGCGCACCGGCGCGCUAUCCCGGCAGUGGAGCUUGCUGUGCUGCGCGCUGGCGCGGCACGCAGACGGUGCGGCAGCGGUACUGGCGUUAAAGCCACGCGCGGCACCGCUGGCGGCCGUGGCACAUGCGGCGUGUCACGCUCCUUUGCGACCUGCGUUCCUCAAUGACCCGGAACUCCUGGAGAUGCUGACAGGCAGUCUGCUGACGGGGGACAUCGCUGACAUAGUGUCGUCAGCCCGCGCUGUGUGGGCCCUGGCUGCUAAUAACCAUAAGGCGAAACUCCUCCUAAGGAGCGCGCGAGUACCACUAGCAGUGAACUCAGCGCAGCAGCGAUUGCAAAGGAGUACGGACCCCGCGGCGGCGCGAGCGCUUCAGCUCAUCGCUUACACGCGGUCCGUACUGCAGACUAGCUGACCACAACUACUGACUUCACAGCUUAAAGAAUUGUAUCGUUCAUCGUCUACAAAAGUCCUCACACAUUUGCUGCUGAAAAUUGAAGUUUAUGACACAAGUUGACCACUGCUAAUUCGGUGGAAGAGCUUGUUUUGGCUGACAAUCCCGUUCCUAAGAUAUUUUUAAUGAGCUCGAACUCGAUGCGACCUCAGUUUUUCGUCACGGAGUUCUGUUCUAUGAUUUCGGCUGCAUUCAAAAUAUAUAGUGACUACUAAUAGUAUUUUAUACAAUCGUGAUAUAAUACAAAGCUUUU